UUUGCUGUGACCGGCAUCUCUGCUCAAACCACUUUACACUUCUUCUUCCUCUUGAAACCUCAUACAUAUACACUAGUCUCAUCACCGCCGGACACAAGAUCCUUGCUCGAACCGAUGGAGGGAAGAUAUGAAAUUCUGGGUGAGCCCACGGGUCGGCCAACGACUCGUGCCAUUGUGGCCGUUGACCCACGUCUAUGGGCGCUCUAUCCAGACGCCUCUGGACUUGUGGGCAUAGAUGGCUCCAAGGAGAAGCUCGCCGAGCUGCUGGGAAAGGGGGACACACAGCAGCUUAAAGUGGUAUCUCUUGUUGGGUUUGGAGGCAUGGGUAAGCCUACCCUUGCCAACCAAGUUCGUCAUAAGAUCAAGAGUCAAUUUGACUGCACGGCUUUUGUAUCGGUGUCCCAAAUUCCCAAUAUGGCCACGAUUUUAUCAAGAAUGCUCCUACAAGUUGGGGGCACGCUACCUUCAGACUCGAAUGAUGACCGCCGACUCAUUGACUUCCUAAGGGAACAUCUCAAGAACAAAAGAUACCUUAUCGUGAUUGAUGAUCUAUGGACAACAGAAGCAUGGAACACUAUUAGAUGUUCUCUUGUGGAGAAUGAUUGUGGUAGUAGAGUUAUAACAACAACACGUAUUGAAGCUGUAGCUCAGGCAUGUUGUUCUUCCCAUGGCAGUGUCUACAAGAUCAAGCCUCUUAAUGACAUUGACUCAAGGACUCUGUUUCAUAGAAGGAUUUUUCACCCCGAAGAUGCUUGUCCAGAGGAACUUAAGAAUAUUUCUGAUGAAAUUUUAAUGAAAUGUGCCGGGGUGCCAUUAGCCAUACUUAGUGUAGCCAGCAUUUUGGCUAGCCCUGAAGGGGUAAAAUCAAAGGAAACAUGGGAAAAGGUUAAAAAUUAUUUAGGUUUCCAGUUAGAAGGAAACCCUGCUUUAGGGUUGAUGAAACAUGUGCUCAAUCUUAGCUACAGUGAAUUAUCUCCAGACCUUAAGACCUGUAUGCUAUAUCUUGGUAUAUUUCCUGAAGAUGGGGAAAUAAGCAAGGAUGAUUUGGUGAAGAGAUGGGUAGUUGAGGGUUUUCUUACUGAAGACUAUGGGCCUUAUGGACCAGAGGAGAUUGCAGAAAGUCAUUUUAAUGAGCUUAUCAAUAGGAACAUGAUCCAAAUAGGCAAGUUGGAUGACUGCGGGCAUGUCUUAUCUUGUCGGGUGCAUGAUCUAAUGCUUAACUUUAUCAUAGUAAAGUCAACAGAUGAAAAUUUCAUCACUAUAAUUAAUGAUGUUCACAGUACGAAGAAGGGCCAUCUGGAAGCUCAUCGGUUAUCCCUCCAAGUCAAGAAUUCUGAAUAUAGUCAGGCGCUGGCAGACAUGGAUCUCGCAAAAGCUCGGUCAUGUAACUUCUGGGGGCCUUGUGAAUUGGUGCCUCCUCUCUCGAGGUUUCAGCUUUUGCGAGUUCUAUCUCUAUAUAUUGAUCAUCGUCGUCAUUAUUGUUCCAGGGGCAACCAGCAACAGUGUGUUUUGUCUCCGUUACGCGGCCUUUUGCAACUGCGAUAUCUGAGUUUGAUGAGCAGACACUAUUUUAUGCUAGAUGCUGGUGACUUACCCUCAACGCUGUGGCAUCUGAUUGUUCCGCCAAAUGUGAGGGUGAGUGAUAUUCGCAGGAUGAAAGCCCUCCGAACAUUGGAUAUGUACGAGAUAUUUCUCCAUGAUACACAAAGGUACGAGCAGCGUAUCCAUGGUACCACUAUCACAUAUGUAUGCAGGGAGAUAAAACAUGAGGCGAACAUCAAGGGUCUUGGCGAGCUGACCGAUCUAAGGGAGUUAACGCUUUGUCGAGGUUCAUAUGGCGUAGGGGACACUCAUGAUCUUCUACUCUCUACCCUCUGCAAGCUCCAUAGCCUCCAGUGCCUAACCAUCCAUGGGCAUGGUAUACAUGAAGAUUGCAUGUGCUACCCUGGCCGUUAUGGUCCUCACAUGGUAUACAUGAAGAUCACAUGGUAUACUUGGUCCUUAUGGUCCUCACCGCCACGCCAUCUUCGUAGAUUGCAUGUGCUACCCUGGCCGUUCUCCAGUGUCCCAGAUUGGAUCUCCCAACUGGACAAGCUCACAAGUUUGGAAGCUGAACUUGACUCGCUUUCAAGGGAUGGUGCCGAGAUUCUUGGCAAGCUGACCUCGUUGGUGCACCUCAGGUUACAUGUCAGGGAGGAGCGUGCUCCCGAUGAAGGCGUUGUCAUCCGCAGAGCAAUGUUCCCAAACCGGCCUUGAGUGUUUUUGGUUCAGACAUCAGGUGCCUUGCCUCGUGUUUGAGGCAGGGGCCAUACCCCUGCUUCGGAGACUCACUGUAGACUGCUACAUGAAAGCUGUGCGGCAAUCUGAUGGUGUACUUGAUGGCAUCGA